CCUAUGUCACGAAAAGAGGUAAAUCCGGCCCUGUCUACAAAUAUAUUAAAUGCAGUGUACAUCUAAUGUAACAUUAUAUCAGUACAUGGUUGACUGUAUAUAAUUUUGCAUUUUUAUGUAGACUAAGUUAUUUAACAUUAAAUAUCACGGGUAACUUGAAUUUGCUUUGAGCCUUUUGCAACAUUUCUUUCAAGACAAGACAUCCUCCAAAUGGAGCCUAAAGUAACAAUUGGAAUCUACAUUAAUGAUGAUACCACACCUCGAGAGAAAAGACCCUGGGAGCAGGCACACCCUCUUCAAUCAGUAGGUGGCGGUAAUGCACCCUUUUUCGCUGGUUUGCCAAACCGCCAUAAAACACCAGAAGAAGACGACGAAGAAGACGCAGAAUGCAGCGCUGCAGUGAAAUGGCAGAAGCCAUUAUUUCAUUGGGCGAGGAUCAGUUCAGCUGUCCGAUCUGUCUGGAUCUACUGAAGGAUCCAGUGACCAUCCCCUGUGGACACAGCUACUGUAUGAACUGCAUCACCGACUGCUGGAAUCGAGAUGAUCAGACGAGAGUUUACAGCUGCCCUCAGUGCAGACAGACCUUCACUCCAAGACCUGCUUUAAAUAAGAAUGUGAUGCUGGCUGAAAUGGUGGAGAAAUUGAAGAAGACAAAAGCCCAAACAGCUCGUCCUGCUCUGAGUUACUCUGGACCUGGAGAUGUGGAGUGUGACGUCUGCACAGGGAGAAAGUAUAAAGCUGUCAGGUCUUGUCUGAUGUGUCUAAACUCUUACUGUCAGUCUCAUCUAGAACAACAUGACAGUUUCUUUAAAGAUAAGAAACACAGUUUGAUUAAUGCCACUGGACGACUCAAGGAGAUGAUCUGCUCUCAACAUGACCGACUGCUGGAGGUUUACUGUCGCACAGACCAACUAUGUAUUUGUUUGUUGUGUACAAUGGAUGAACACAAAAAUCAUCACACUAUUUCAACUAAAGCAGAGAGGACUGAGAAACAGAAACAGCUUUGGGACAUAGAAAGAAAGUUCCAGAAGAGAAUCCAGGAAAGAGAGAAGGCGAUUCAGGAGCUGAAAGAGGCUGUGAAGACUCAUAAAGUGAGUUUCAAGGGGAUUAAGAAUUUUUUAGGCUUUCUCAGGACUCUUUUCAGACUUGUCUUUGUGUCAUAA